AUGGGUUUGAUCUUACAACUUCUUCAAAUUGUUUUGAUAAGUACUCAGCUCUUAAAAGAAGCAACAACAACAACAACAACAAACGCAACAGCAACAGCAGUCACGGCUUCAGCGAUAACAUCACGAACAGAAAUAUUAAAUACAGGAAUAGCUACAAAUGUAGCACAAACAAGCUCUCCCUCCGUGAACGACACCAUUCUAACUCGACAAAUGUCACUAUCUUCAAGUGCAUUACACAAACCAUCGUUUUCCCAGUCGAGAGAAACAACACAAUCGGCAUCUACGACAUUAAAUACAACAACAACAACCCGAGGAUUUUCCAAACCGUCACAGUUUAUCAAAUCUCCAGCGACCAACGUCGUCGAUGUUAAGCAAACUCAAAGCAAUGAACACCACGUCAAGUGUAGAUGCAGGAACAACCGCCGUCUCACAUGUACUGUCCCAACCAAAGAGUGUUUCGCAGUCGACACCCUCUGCAGAUCUCAAUUCAACACAAAGUAAAGCUUCAAGCUACAUAACUGGUGUUCCAAACCGAACGCAGUUUAUCAAUUCAAGUUACGGAACGUCGUCGAUGAUCUUCACAAACUCAGGCUCUGCUACCCUUCUGGUCACUCCUACAACUACGGAACAAACAAGCUCUCCCUCCGUGAACGACAUCACCCCAACUCAACAAGUUUCAUCAUCUUCAAGUGCAUUACACAAACCAUCGUCUUCCCAGCCGAGAAAAACAACACAAUCGGCAUCUACGACAUUAAAUGAAACAACAACAAUCCAAGGAUUUUCUACCUCGUCGAGGUGGCAAAUCUCCAGCGACUACCAAACCAGCCCGUUAAGCACGCCGAAAGCAAUGAACACCACGUCAAGUGUAGAUGCAGGAACAACCGCCGUCUCACAUGUACUGUCCCAACCAAAGAGUGUUUCGCAGUCGACACCCUCGGCAGAUCUCAAUUCAACACAAAGUAAAGCUUCAAGCUACAUAACUGGUGUUCCAAACCAAACUCUGUCUAUCAAUUCAAGUUACGGAACGUCGCUGAUGAUCCUCACAAACUCAGGCUCUGCUACCACUCAAGCUGUGUAUUUUACAAGCGAUCAUCCGACUAAAGAGAGCUCUUCCCUUCUGGUUGCUCAUACAACUACAGAUUCUUUCACAAAGCUGACUUCGGCAAUCUCAGGUAUUAACUUCAGUAGACAGGAGACCGUUCUGACGUUAAUAAAACCCUGCCAAAUGCUCAUAAUCAAGCAUCGUCUCGUGUGUCUGACUCUUACAACUGAUGGCGCCCCUUUUGCCCUCUACGUUGAGGACGGAUACUGUGGGGGAGGGGGUAUGCAUUAUAUGCAUAAUAACCGAUAAAAAACAGAAAAUAACAUACUAACCCCUUGUCAAGGGCAUCAUUUGCACGCCAUCGCGAUUCCCUGCAGCUAAAAGUAUCAUUUCGGCCUUUUCCGUAGCAGGGUUUUAUUCAAGACCCAUGUGAGCUUUAACGCGCGUAAAUUUAUAACAUAGCCACAAACUAUCACACAAGGGUGUAGACUGGAUUUUUCUGUGAGGGUGCGCCGCACUUACGUCCUAUUGGCAAGUGGCAAGUGACAAGUUAAGACUCGUCAGGAUGGUUUCUCGCAAGUCACAUGCCCCCUCGUGCCCCCACACCUCACCUCCUCUCCACCCCCCUUGGUUAAGCCCAUAAGCAACGAAAAAGAAGCCAAACUGUAGGCUGUUCGCCACUUUGAGGUAGAAAACAGGUCAAACGUGUUUUGUCUUGUAAAGUUUCAGUGUCGCUUAACUGGACAGGCUGGUCCGUGGACUCAAGAGACUGUCAGCGGCAUUGUUCAAACAUGGGAGGAACUGUGACUGCGAGUCGUCAUUGCUAUUCUCAUACAGUGACGUUCUCAAAAAGCAUCUGUACUCAAUACAAUAUCUCAACUAAAGUGUUUAAAUGUCAACAACAUUGUCCAAUCUCAGGUUUGUUUGUAGCUUUGAGCUUCUUUUUUCCAGGAUCUAGACUCAGCGCAGUCAAACCAUACCUUGAGCCGUCAUGUCACCAUGAGGAACUCACCACACAGACUUUUCGCAGACAAUCGUGCACGAGAGAGCGCUUGGAGAUUGGCUCAGGCUUGUUUUCUAUGGGAUGAUAAUUUCUUACUUCUCGUGCUCGACUCUGCUGCCUUAUGCAAUAACACAGCAGAUUUAUGUUUUCCCAGAUUUGCUUUUUUGCGAUUCUCCCCCAAUUCCCUUCUCAAUUAAGUUUCUGCUUUCCCUUUCCUCUCUCAUGUUUUCCGUAUGCUCCCCUUUACUAUCAACCAGGGCUCCCGCUCUCCUGUCCUCUCUGCUCCUUAUCUACAAAUGCUACCAGUUGUUCUAAAUGGAGAAGGCCGCUCAAAAAUAACACAGACGAUUACAUCUUCCUUUUUAGCCUGGGAUUAACUAUAAUUAGAAAGAAGUACAUGGCUAUGGCGUUUAGAAUCGUCCAAAAAUGGAAAUAGCGCGGGACUCAUUCGAAAGGGAAAGAAAAAAUUCAGAAAAAGAAAUCAUCAAGCUUAAUUGCCAUGUAUUUUAUUUUUGGUGGAUUUCAUGAAAUUAAAUCUUUAUGUUUAUUUUCACAGGAACAACAUUGUUAGGAGUGUCCAUCUCAACAGUGGUAGUCGGGACUUUGCUUCAUAUGUAAGUUUUAACGUGACACUGUGAUGAUCUACGGUUUUGUAGCUUUAGGAGGCUUGACUUCGAUCAUGACGAGAGUUGCCCUCUCUAACUUUACCAUCUUCUUUCAACAGGUUGCCGAACUUUUUCGGGGGUUAAGACUCCAACGAACUUUAUAACGUCAACGUUUGUGUCUUGCUCUCUUAGCAUGAGGGUUUACUUUAAAUAGCGUGCAAGCGUUAUAAUCGCAGAGGCGUAGACAAAAUGUAGUUUACAUUUCUUAGACUAUUUUAAGACCUCUAACGUUUAUAUUUAUAGUAUAGUAUCAUGAGAAUAGUCAAGAGAUUAUAAAUGUCUUGAUGGUAUAAAUGUUUUUAGACGCUUUAUAACGU